AUGGCAAGGUACAACUUUUUGCUGUGCUUGAUGGUUCUUAUUUCGUUGGGACUGUCCGGAAGCGACGAACCGAACCUUUUCUUGCCACCGGUCAAUGAGAUGCCCACGGACGCCGGGUUAUCGCUCAUCGAAGUGGAGGAUGCUGGUGCUCGUGAAUGCUCUGCGUGCGUUUGGCGAGAACAGAGUAAGGUUCUAAGACUGGAGACUAUUAAAUCACAGAUUCUCAGCAAACUGCGGCUAAAACAGGCGCCUAAUAUUAGCCGAGAAGUGGUAAACCAGCUGCUGCCCAAGGCACCUCCGUUGCAACAGCUUCUGGACCAUCAUGACUUUCAAGGAGACGCCUCUUCCCAAGAAGAGUUUAUGGAAACAGACGAGUAUCACGCCACAACAGAAUCUGUCAUCACAAUGGCAUCGGAGCCGGAGCCCCUGGUGCAGGUGGAUGGGAAACCCAGCUGCUGCUUCUUUAAGUUUAGCCCGAAGCUGAUGUUCACAAAGGUGCUGAAAGCCCAGCUGUGGGUUUACCUGCGGCCACUGCAGCAGACCUCCACAGUUUACCUGCAGAUUCUGCGGCUGAAGCCUGUCACCGAACAGGGCAGUAGGCACAUCCGCAUUCGCUCGCUCAAGAUUGAGCUCAACUCACGUUCGGGACACUGGCAGAGCAUCGACUUCAAACAUGUGCUGCAGAACUGGUUCAAGCAGCCUCACACCAACUGGGGCAUCGACAUAAAUGCCUUUGAUGAGAGCGGUAAUGACCUGGCAGUGACAUCCCUGCGGCCUGGGGAGGAGGGGCUGCAGCCGUUCCUGGAGGUGAAGGUUCUUGAGACAACCAAACGCUCUCGACGAAACCUUGGCCUGGACUGCGACGAGCACUCCACCGAGUCCCGCUGCUGCCGCUACCCACUCACUGUUGACUUUGAAGCCUUUGGCUGGGACUGGAUCAUAGCACCCAAACGCUACAAGGCCAACUACUGCUCAGGCCAGUGCGAGUACAUGUUCAUGCAGAAGUACCCUCACACCCACCUGGUGCAGCAUGCUAAUCCCCGCGGCUCCGCCGGACCAUGCUGCACCCCAACCAAGAUGUCCCCCAUCAACAUGCUCUACUUUAAUGAUAAACAACAGAUCAUCCACGGAAAGAUACCUGGUAUGGUUGUCGACCGCUGUGGCUGCUCUUAG